ACUCGCAGUCUCUCUCUCUAUAUAUACUGUCCUUCACUGUAAUUGAAUCCAUUUUCUCCUUCGGCAUCGCAUGCUCUCCCUCUGAACCAAACCUGUAUGAUCAACCUCCACAUGAUGCAGUCCGAGUCUUCUCACGUUUCUCCCUCUCCCAGCUUCAGUAGCUAUUCCUCCGAGACCCUCGCUGAGAUUGCCGCUCGUGUCAUCCGGGAAUUCGGCUCCGACCCUGCUUCCCACUCCGACGAUUCCGUCUUCGCUUCAUGGCAGCCCGACGUCGAUGACAACCGCUCCGACUUACAUCAGAAGACUGCAGAUGGUGAUGUUCACGGCGAGGAUGACGACGAUUUUGAGUUCGCUUUUGUUUGCAGGGACCCACACUCCUCGCCGGUAUCCGCCGAUGAUAUCUUUUAUAAUGGUCAGAUCAGGCCCAUGUACCCUAUCUUCGACCGCUCUUUACUCGACGGCGUCUCUUCUGUUUCGCUGACUCAGAACACCGACGAAACGGAGGCAGUUGGUCGCCGCCGACUUCCUCUCAGGAAGCUCAUGUUCGAGGAGCGAGAAACAGGGUCGUGCUCGUCUUCGACCUCUGAAGCAGAGGACAUUGACCUUGAGGGUGUGGCUCCGGGGACCUAUUGCGUGUGGGAUCCCAAAUCGUCAUCGGCGUCGUUUAGAAGGCCGUGCAAGAAGAGCAGUUCGACGGGGUCUGCGUCGAAGCGGUGGAAGUUUAGGGACCUACUUCCGAGAAGCCACAGUGAUGGGAAGGUACCGCUUGUGAUCUUCACAACGAACAACAAGAGCAACAAAGUGGCUCACGAGGCGUCCAAGCCCGAGAAGGCAUCCCAAAACAGCAGAGCCGUGGCUCCGGCGAAAGAAGAGGACGAAAGUAAGAGAAAGCAGCCGUUGCCUUACAGGCAAGAAUUCAUAGGACUUUUUACCAAUGUGAAUGGACUCGGUAGGAAUCUGCGUCCAUUUUGAAAUGCAAUCAAGUACAAAUUAAGUUAAUCUCUUGCGUUUCUCUUCAGAAUUACCUGAUUAUAUCCAAUGCUUUUGAUUUGUCAAAUGUUUGGCUGAUCUCUUUUUUGGUUUGUUUUCUAUGGGGUUAAUUUUAUUACUUUAGUUCACUUUACUCUUUAUUAUUAUUGUAACUAAAGCUGGUGAGAAUGAGAUUAUUCUUUGAAACU